CAUCCUACCAAUAUAAAAUGGUAGAUGUAAGCAAUAGCGGCUUGGGGCGCUUUUUAGCGAUGCGGAGCUUCUCCCAACGUCCCUAAAAUUUUGGGGCAAGACUCUUUUUUUAUGUAACUGUACUAGGUAAGGUACUUCCAUAAUUGCUGGGUUAAAAGUAAUAGAAUUAAGUACUCCAAACAGAGAGAACAGAGAAAGAGGAAGAGCGAUGGAUCACCCCUAGUCCACGAAAAUAACCCGCCACCAAUCAAUCGGAACUCAACUUUCUUGACGCUCUAAUCUUUUUUUUUCCCUUUCCUCACCUCAUCGUUGUCGCGCCGCCAUUUACUCUCACAAUUCUCAUACCCAUCAUCUCAAUUCAAUCGGUCCCGGUCAAUUCAUUGCAGGUGCCGGUGAUCAACCUACUCUGCGAUUUUUGGGCCUCUCCACUCUUUCCUUUACUUCCCAUCUGUCCAAUUAGCCCGGCGGACUUUGUCUUUUAUUCUAUAGCUUCUCUUUUUUUUUUAUUCCUCCGAGCGAGAGCUAUUUUCUACCCAUAUACCAAAAAUGUUCGGCGCCGUAUUAAGAAGGCAAAGCCUUCUUCGAACAUCCUCUCUUAGAUCGGGUUUCCUUCCUCUCGCCAGAUACUAUGCCUCCUUCCCACCGCACACAGUCGUCAAGAUGCCUGCGCUGUCACCCACCAUGACGGCUGGCAACAUUGGCGCAUGGCAAAAGAAGGCCGGAGACACCAUCGCCCCCGGUGAUGUCCUAGUUGAGAUCGAAACGGAUAAGGCUCAGAUGGACUUCGAAUUUCAAGAAGAGGGUGUUAUCGCCAAAAUUCUUAAGGAUGCUGGUGAAAAAGAUGUGCCCGUUGGAAAUCCGAUUGCUGUCCUCGUCGAAGAAGGCACCGAUGUCUCCGCGUUCGAAUCCUUUAGUAUUUCCGAUGCAGGAGGUGACGCCGCAGCGUCGUCGGGUAAGGAAGAGAAGAAAUCAGACGCGCCAUCCGACGCCGGUUCCGCUCCGGCCCCGACACCCGCAGCAGAACCGGAACAAUACUCGCACGAAGGAAAGCUCGAGACCGCUCUUGACCGGGAACCUAACGCCACUCCGGCUGCCAAGCGAUUGGCUAGGGAGAAGGGUGUCGCCAUCUCCAGCCUUAAGGGUACCGGCCCCGGCGGCAAGAUUACUGAGGACGAUGUCAAGAAGGCCCGCACAACCGCCGGUCCUGCUGCUUCUGCUACCUCCUACGAAGAUACCCCUCUAUCUAACAUGCGCAAGACCAUCGCCAGACGUCUACAGGAUUCAGUCAGAGAGAACCCCCACUUCUUCGUCACCAGUCAGCUUUCCGUUACCAAGCUCCUAAAGCUCCGACAAGCUCUAAACAGCUCGUCCGAGGGCAAGUACAAGCUAUCUGUGAACGACUUCUUUAUAAAGGCCAUUGCUGUUGCUUCCAAGAAGGUUCCCGCCGCUAACUCAGCGUGGACGGGUGACGCAAUCCGCCAAUACAACAACGUCGAUGUUUCCGUCGCUGUUGCUACCCCCAACGGUCUAAUCACUCCUAUCGUCACCGGUGUUGAGGCUCGUGGUCUAGAAUCUAUCUCGAGCAAGGUCAAGGAACUCGCUAAGAAGGCUCGUGAUAACAAGUUGAAGCCCGAGGAAUAUCAAGGUGGUACUAUUUCUAUCUCCAACAUGGGAAUGAACGCCGCUGUCGACAACUUCACCGCGGUUAUCAACCCCCCGCAAGCCGCUAUCCUAGCCGUCGGUACCACCAAGAAGGUUGCUAUUCCCGCUGGUGAGGAUGGCACCAGUGUUGAAUGGGAUGACCAAAUCACAGUUACGGCUAGCUUCGACCACAAGGUAGUAGACGGUGCGGUCGGUGCUGAAUGGAUUAAGGAGUUCAAGAAGGUAGUUGAGAACCCUCUAGAGUUGCUUCUGUAAAUGGAAAGAGAAAAAGUUACCUAGGGGCGUCAGGGCAUGAUUAGUCUAUAGACAUGGGAUGAAAUCCAAUUGUAGCAUUAUGCCACAUGAAUUUGUACUAAUAAAUUCCUGCAAAAAUUAGUAUUGGGUUAGAAGCCUGUUUCUUUGCAGCUGG